UUUAUUUUGUGAAACUGUCAGAUGAGCGAUGGUGGGGAAGCUGGAGAGAGCUGCUUAUGUACACUGACCCACCCUGCACAGAGGAACUGAGCGGAGCAGCUGGACCUUCUGCACUUUCAGGGACUGGAACCAAGCGACCAGAACUGAUACGACAUUGGUUUUCAAUGUCUGUGGAAUAUUAUUUUAAAAGCCCAGCAUGACUUCUGUGUGGAAGAGGCUUCAGCGUGUCGGAAAGAAAGCGGCCAAGUUUCAGUUUGCUGCGUCCUUUCAGGAGCUCACCAUUGAGUGCACACAAAAAUGGCAGCCAGACAAAGUAAGAGUGGUAUGGAUCAGAAGGAACCGGCGUCACAGCACAAAGCUCCACAGUUGGCAACCAGGGAUUGGAAAUUCUUACAGAGGCCUGGUGCUUUGGCAGGUUCCAGAGAGUUUGGACAUCACUGUCACACUUUUUAAGGAACCCACUGCUGAGGAGUUUGAGGACAAAGACUGGACGUUUGUAAUUGAAAAUGAGAGUAAAGGGCGUCGUAAAGUGUUGGCCUCAGCUGAUGUCAAUAUGAAGAAAUACGCCAGUGCCACGCCAGCCCAGUAUAAUAUCACACUCAAGCUAAAACCACUUUCAGUCAAAGUGGUGGACGCCACGCUAAAAAUCAGCUUGUCUUGUGUCUUUCUCAAAGAAGGAAAAGCCACGGAUGAAGACAUGCAGAGUCUAGCCAGUCUGAUGAGUAUGAAACAGAGUGACAUCGGAAAUCUGGAUGAUUUUAAUGAAAGUGAUGAUGAAGCAACAGAGGAGCGAAGAUCCAGCCUCGGACCUGCACAUCCUCAUAUCACUGAGUCUGAUCGAAAAUCAUCCUUCAGCAUUUCCUCAGCAUUAAACCCCCCUGGGCCUGCACCUCCUCAUCCCUCCGUGUCAUCCUCUUUAUUGCCACCUUAUUCGCAACCACCAAACACUAACCAGCAGACACGGCCCUCCCACUAUGCCUACUCAUUACCAGCCUUCAAACAGGCUCACCCUCCUGCACUUCCAAAAAUCUUUCAACCCGGUGCUAGAUCAGCUCCUCGCAGGCCUCACAGUUUCCACAGUGACCUCUGUCCAGCUGAAAGCUUCCCUAUCUUCCUCCCACCUGAAGCUGUUUCAUUCUCUACUUCAGCCUGUGAGCAGUCCCCUCAUUCUCCAACUUUCUCGCACACAUCUCAAACAGCAACUUCCAGUAUUUGGCGAACAAAGAGUGUUCCUUCAGUUUCUUCUGUCUCCCCCUGCUUGUCAUCCUCAUCAUUUCCUCCUGGCUCCUUUCCUGUUGUAUUGCAGCAACCUCCUGCCCCCACACAGCCCAGAAAUAUUGCCACUACUGUGGUAGAAACGGGCUUAGUCCUCACCAGACCCACCAGUUUACCAUCUGCCCCUGAGACAGCUCCCUGGCAAAGUGAAUGGAGGCCUCCUAAAUGUCAGGCUCCACUAGCGCAGACAAACUUCUCUCCUAAGUUUCUGCGAAUUUCAGCUACUCAUCCUGAAGAUCCUGCAGUGGCGCAGAAAAAACAGAGAGUUGAAAUACCACGUUUAUCUUCUUUGCCUGUUGGUCAAUCUUUGAAGAAAAAAAAUGAGGGCGAAUUGGAAUUUGUUGCCUCCUGGACACCUCCACCUCAUCCCAUAACUGACCAUCCAUCGCUUCCAAAGCCUACCUCUGCUCUUUAUCUCUCGGGUCCUUACCUUCCCCCCUUUCCACCUCCUACCACCCAUACUUCCACAGUCACCCAUAGUGACCAAGAUGCAGAAUUUAAAAGACAGUUAAGCACCCUAAGUGAGGAGGACCAGCAGUCCAUUUCACCUACAACCCCUGGUUCGAGCUGUCUCACAAAGCCAGAGUCCUCAGGGACUGCAGAAAGAAGUAGAAACCUACAUUUUGGCGUCACCAUUGUAAAGACAUCACAGGGGGAGUCAAAGAGAACAGAAGGAUCAAGUAAACAUCUACCUGUAGCUAAUGCUGACAAGCUGUUGAGUGGGUCAGUAAAGAGUGAUCAGACUAGUCAACAAGCAGAUGGCAGUGCCUCUUUUGGAAGUCCCAGCUUGGUGACAUCGAGCAAAUCUCUACUGGAGUGGUGUAAAGAAGUCACGCAGGGUCAUAAAGGGCUGAAGAUUACCAACUUUAGCACCUCCUGGAGAAAUGGUCUGGCCUUUUGUGCCAUAUUACAUCACUUCCAUCCAGAAAUGAUUAAUUACGAAAUUCUGGACCCAUAUGACAUCAAGAACAACAACAAAAAGGCUUUUGAUGGCUUUGAUGUACUUGGCAUUUCAAGGCUGAUAGAGUCCUCCGACAUGGUCACCCCAACUGUGCCUGAUCGGCUGAUUGUCAUGACUUACCUCAACCAGAUCCGCACUCAUUUUACAGGACAGGAACUCAGUGUGCUUCACAUAGAGAAGGACAGCAGUGUGUCUAGUUAUGCGGUGACAGGAGACCUGGACAAUAAGGAAGACCCAGAAGCCACUGUUCGCUAUUGUGCUCAAAAGCUGCAAGAUGAGGGUAUCACCCUCAAGACUAAUGUCGCUUCAGCCUUUGUAGAUGACAAUAGUGACGUCAGAGACAUGGUUCCACCCCCGAGAACAAAGCAGUCGCAGGGUGAUGGGGCAGGUCGGAGUCACUCUCCUGUUGUACCCCCGAGGACUAGUUUCCUGUGCAAGACAGGUUUCUCACAUGUCAAAGAUGCCGAUCUGGUCAAGAAACGACGGUCACAGCGGCGGAGUGGUUCACUAGAUGAAGGAGCCAAAUUUGAGAGCAUUGCAAGCCAGGAUGACAUGGUACUCAGCCAACAAAAGUCAAAAACCGGCCUUGAAGUGUCACCUGUUUUAAUUUCUGUCUGUUUUUCUACUGCAGCCAGAGCAGAGGCUGCUGCCAAGGAGGAAAGGCAGGAGGGGCAGGACCCCAAUCAGUAUGUUUUGAAUGAGAUGGAAGCUCUGGAGGCAGAACAAAAUCAUAUAGAUAACAGAGCAGGAGCAGUUGAGAGACGACUCAGACAACUGUUGGAAACAGGUAGUGACAAGGUGGAGGAGGAGAGGUUGAUACAGGAGUGGUUUGUUUUGGUGAACAAGAAAAACGCCUUAAUCAGGAGGCAGGACCAUCUGCAGCUUCUGCUAGAAGAACAAGACUUGGAGAGAAGAUUUGAGUUGCUGAAAAAAGAGCUGAGAGACUUAAUGGCAAUUGAAGAAUGGCAGAAAACACCGGCUCAUGAACAGAGGGAACAUCUUCUGCUCCAGGAGUUGGUGUCACUGGUAAACAAGAGAGAUGAACUGGUCCAAAAUAUGGAUGCCAAAGAGAGAGGAGCCCUUGAGGAGGAUGAGCGUCUGGAGCAAGGCUUGGAGCAGCGCAGACGAAAGUAUGCCAAACAGCAGACUGAGUGUGUGUUGCAAUGAUGAAACACAGAGUCACCGUUUGAAAGAACACAGGUCCAGGAUAAAAGUCCAAACCAAGACGGGAUUACAUGUGGUUCUGUUGACUGUCGUCAGACAGUACAAUCCAUAACACUCUGAGUGGAUGGAGUCGGAUAGAAUCUAUAGAAUGGAAAGGCUCUGACGAAUAUUAGCCAUGUCUCAGCUGAGAACGGAGUUUUUCAAGGUUUGUCAAGAUCGUCUGCUGUAAGAUAAAGGUCAAAGGGACUGGAGGGUCAUUUUUACAGGUUUAAUGUUUUUUUCUUCUGAACCAAAAUGUGGACAUACGUCUGCAGAAGCUUAGUGCCUCACAAGUCCGCAUGUGUCUUUUCUCUCAUAGCUUUGCACUGUAUUUGUACUGGCAACAUACUGUAGAGCAUGUGUCUUCAUUACAGGGGAUGUUUGAAUUUAUGAGUUGACUGCGACUGCUGAACAUGACCAUCUACGAGACUGAUCAGUUCAGUGUUUAGAUUAUGUACCUUAAAGCAGUGCUUCUCAACCCCUAGGGGUGGCAGAAAAUAAUAGAGAAACACUGCUUUAAAGUAAGAAAAAAUUAGACUGUAAUAAAAUAAUUAGCUGUGUAUUGACACAAUUAGUCGACCAUCAUUAAUUGCUAUUACUUAAUAUUAUAUAUAUAAAUAUAUAUAUAUUCAGUAUAUAUAUAUAUAUAUAUAUAUAUAUGCAUAUACAGUAUACAUCCGCCACCCAAAUCACAUAGCACCGUGCCAACUCCCCUAAACCUUACUGCGUGUGGUGAGUCCACUGGUAGGUACCAACCACCUUAACCGGGAUUCGAUCUUGCCCAGAAGGUGAACCCUGGACAGAUAACACACCGAUGACAGAUACAUUGCCUCUGUGCCAAAGUGCCACAGUUUGUAUGUACUGUACAUAUAUAGUAUAUAUAUUUAUUUAUAUAUACAUUAUUGAUCAAUUCACUAGAUGACAAAACCUGUUAAAAAAUGCGGCAACUGUUUUGGACUGUUACUGUGUGUGUGCAUGCAUGUGUCACACAUACAAUCAUAUACUGCCAACUGUAAUAUCAUAGUUGUCCUUGCACUGUUUGUGAACGUUUACAAAUAUAUACGUGUGGAAUGCCUUUUCACUUA